CCUCUUCCGCCGCCGCCGUGGGAAUGGAAACAUCUGCCCCACGUGCCGGAAGCCAGCUUGCGGCGAUGACUGCGCGCUACUCCGCGCCCUACCGCGCCGAAACCCUGCGGGUGUCAUCGCGAGACGAGCUCGCCGAAAUGGCCGCGUCCAGUCAAGGAAACUUUGAGGGAAAUUUUGAGUCACUGGACCUUGCAGAGUUUGCUAAAAAGCAGCCAUGGUGGCGUAAGCUGUUUGGGCAGGAGUCUGGGCCCUCGGCUGAAAAAUACAGCGUGGCCACCCAGCUGCUAAUUGGAGGCGUUACUGGAUGGUGCACGGGUUUCAUAUUCCAGAAGGUUGGAAAGUUGGCUGCAACAGCCGUGGGAGGUGGCUUUUUUCUCCUUCAGCUUGCGAACCAUACUGGGUACAUCAAGGUUGACUGGCAGCGAGUAGAGAAGGACAUGAAGAAAGCCAAGGAGCAGCUGAAGAUCCGUAAGAGCAACCAGCUGUCUACGGAGGUCAGAAGCAAAGCGGAGGAGGUAGUGUCAUUUGUGAAGAAGAACGUUCUAGUGACUGGGGGAUUUUUUGGAGGCUUUCUGCUUGGCAUGGCAUCCUAAGGACAACAACUUCACUUCUGUUACUCCUGUUUUUUUCCAGCCAGCAGCCUCUUCACUCCAUCAUAGGACAUCAAGUCUGUCCUACUUCUUCCAUGACUUCCUCCCUGCUGUGGCAUAUCCGAAUGGCUUCUGUAGGCAUCUCUCGGUGCAAGUUGAUACAGCCCUAUUACGAACUUGAUGGCAGCGGAAGAGACCAUAGAUGUUAGCUCUUCUCCCAGCACACUCCCCACUUGACUAAUCUGUAGGUCAGCAGAAAUGUUCCUUCCCCUUAUCCCAUAUAAGAUACUUAACAGACCAUGGUAUAGGAGACAGCUCACCUUGGAGGUUGGGUGGAUCCUCAAAGGUUGUCCCAAACUUGAUUUGGAAAAGAAAUCACAAGCAUAGAGAUACCUUAUGUGCUGCAUGGAAAGGAACUGAAUACAUUUGCCUUUAAGCAUGAAA